AUGUCUGCUCCAUGGGAAGCUGGUCGCUCAUACUUUUGUGACUAUUGCAGAGCAUACAUCAAGGAUAAUCAAGCUAGCCGAAAGGCACAUGAGACAGGUUGGAGACACAAAAACAAUGUUACUCGGCAUUUGAGAGAGGUUCAUAAGAAGCAGGACUUUAAAGCCAGAGAUGAUGCCAAGAACAAGCGAAUGCUGGAGCAAGUAGAGCGGUCUGCACUCAAGCAAUACGGAAGAGAUUUAAAGUAUGGACAGCAUAAGCAAGAUUCAGCUGCUAAUGUAGAAAUAGGUUCAUCAAUGCAUAGUAGUGUCUAUCCAUCAGAUCGAAUACCAGCCGUUGAAUCUCAAGAUCCACAACAACCUGCCAAGUCGGAUUCUGAACCUGAACACGAAGAAAAAGAAAGCGACGAGGUUGAAGAAACUGUUGAUGAAUGUACAGAACAUGCUGAUCAUGGACCCUAUGGAGCGUGGGUAGCGGUAGAACCUACAGUGACUCCACACAUACCUGAUGCUGAUCCAAGUUCAAUCCACAACAAACGCCGUCCAUCUUCCAACAAUCCGAAAGGAGAUUCCAAUACUGAAUCGUAUGGAUCUAUCAAUCCAGUUGAUUUUGACGAUGACAAUGAUGAAUUGGAUACAAAGGGAUUUAAAUUUGUAGAAAAAAAGGCAGUAUUGAAGGACUGGGAUAAUGGAGUGUUACCUGCUAAACUGGGUGAUCCUAUUAAUCAGAAUGCCGACGAUGCUUCUCUGACAGGCUCAUUGUUCAAAAAGCGUAAAAUCGCUGGCGCUGGUCGUCGCAAUCUUCGAUCAAAGGAAUAA